UCGAGGGCGGAGAGAGGUGGCAUUUGAGUCCUCCCGUAUCCCAGCAGGCAGUGCAGCCUAGAGACGCUGACAAAGGACCGGAGGAGCAGUCGCAGCUGCUUUCCGAGGAGCCGGUGUUGCCGAGGAAGCACAUGUAUCAAGACUUGAGUUUUGGAUCAUCCUUUGAGAACUCUCCUGGAAAAGCAGGGACCUUUCUAGAGACGAGGGCAUGUGUGACAGUGUGACAGCAUCACAGGCAGGACUUUUGAAAUGAGACACGGAGGAAAUGGUACCGUAUAGGGAAGUGUGAGUCUGGAGACCAGAGAUCCGCCACCGGCACCUUGUAUGACCUUGGAUUGCCAAAAUGCUUUGGAGUUUUUAACUAACUGACUUAAGAAAAGUCCAAAAUAGAUUUGAGACUAAAAACAGAAGCUGCAGCAAGGGGGAUUCAGUGCCAAUGCAUCAACAAAAAAGACAGCCAGAGUUAGUGGAAGGAAAUCUUCCUGUUUUUGUGUUUCCCACGGAGCUAAUAUUUUAUGCAGAUGACCAGUCAACACAUAAGCAAGUGUUGACUCUGUAUAAUCCCUAUGAGUUUGCCUUAAAGUUCAAAGUUUUGUGUACUACUCCAAAUAAGUAUGUUGUCGCUGAUGCUGCAGGUGCAGUAAAGCCUCAGUGUUGUGUGGAUAUUGUGAUCCGUCAUAGAGAUGUUCAAUCCUGUCACUAUGGCGUAAAAGACAAGUUCCGCCUCCAAGUUUCCGAGCAAAGCCAGAGGAAGGCUUUAGGAAGGAAAGAGGUUGUGGCUAUUCUUCUCCCAUCUGCAAAAGAACAACAGAAGGAAGAAGAGGAAAAAAGGAUAAAGGAACAUUUAACCGAAAGUUUAUUUUUUGAGCAGUCCUUUCAACCAGAGAACAGAGCUGUCUCCUCAGGACCUAGCUUACUAGCCGUCUUCCUGGGAGUGGUGUGCAUUGCAGCUUUGAUGCUUCCUACGCUGGGGGAUGUGGAAUCGCUCGCGCCUCUCUACCUCCACUUAAGUGUGAAUCAGAAAUUAGUGGCUGCUUAUAUCUUAGGUCUUAUCACAAUGGCUAUACUUAGAACAUGAGCAAGGAAUUCAGUUGACUUCUGAAGUAAAUUUAUCUUGCAAAUAUGAAUGUGGACUGCCUUUUAUCUCUCUUUUACUCCAUUAACAUGCUACAAACUAUUGAGUGAUUUACAAUAAUUGUGAAAGUAUAAUAUAUAUUUUAAAUUACUCUAUAAUUUUAUUGGAAGGACUCCAGCACAUUCUGUUACAGACAGCAAGGAUGCUUCUGAGUGACACCUAGGAAAUUAUUUGAAGAAAUUUUUUUUAUACCUAAAGCUGUUGCACAAAAGACUUUAAUUAAAACAUCUGCUAUUUUCUCAUCUUUUUUUCUGAUUUACUUUGAUUGUUAAGGUCGUAUGUUCUUCCACGUGAAACGCCUGAAAGAACAAACUGACCAGCCUAAACAUAAAAAGACAUUUAUUUCCUAACUACAAACAUCUGUUACUAUGUAAAU